GCGGAGGCGGGGAAUCAUACAACCUCAGAAUCUUCUUCAACUUGAAUUUGGUGUCACUUUGUAGUGGCAAAACUGCAGAGGCCUGUUCUUCUGGUUGAAGUUGAAACUAAACUAAAAUAGCUCAAAAAUGUUAUUGUUGUCUCCAACUGUCGGAGUAGUAGAGAAGGUAGAGCUCGAACUCGUUCUUGUUGACGGCCAAAGUUGAAAGCCCAUACCACUUUUGCAGGCAAAUUAGUGGAGGUCGGGCGUACAUGACAUUUGAGGCAUAGUUGUCACUACUUCCGCAGUCUCAGAGAAGACGUUAAAGAAUGUGUGAGUGUUGGUGGUAGGGGAAGGUGGGUUGGGCUGUGAGCUGUUCGAGGACCUGGCUCUGUCUGGUUUCGGGAACUGGAAGUAGAUAUUGAUAACAUAGAGGUUUCUAAUUCCGUUCAGGAAAUGAUCCUCAGUUAUGAAAUUGCAAAUCUUCAUCUCUCACCUUGGUUAUAAGAGUGAACCAGUUGGUCUGUGUCACUUUUAUCAUAAUCGGAGAAAUGUCUUUCUGUUGCAUAGAAAAGGAAAGAUGGCUUUCUGCUUGCAUCGGCAUCGGGACAAUUCAGUCUUGCUUGAGGAUUCUUAAAGAAUCCUUCUUCAGGAUCAGAAAGUGUUACCGGAUCUCGAAAGUCUAUUGGCAAGCUCUAUAACCUCCAAACAUUGAAAUUACCGGAUCUCGAAAAGUGUUCAAAGGAGAUUCAAAAUUUGAUCAACUUGAAGCAUUUUCAUUUUGGUGAGGGGAUGAAAUUUGAGGCUGAGAUUUUGGGGCGAUUAACUAAUCUCCGAACACUGCCUUCCUUUAAUGUGGGUAAGGAGUGAGGUCCUGCAAUUAAGGAGUUGGGUGGGUUGAACCAAUUGAGAGGCCACUUAAUUAUUGAUGGGCUAGAACAUGUAAGGGAUGAAGAAGCAAAGAAAGCUCGCUUAGUGCAGAAGAAUCACUUACGUGAGCUAACAUUAAAGUGGACAGACGGUGGCUUGGCGGAUGUACUUGAUGAUAUGGUUCAUUAGGUAGUCAUAGUUCAUUACUACCUAAUGAAAAUCAGACGGAUGUACUAGAUGGCUUGGAACCUCAUGGUAACUUGCAAAGCUUGAAGAUUGAAAAUUUUAUGGGUGAGAGAUUUCCGUCAUGGAUAACAAGUCUCCAAAAUUUGAAGCAGAUUUGAUUACUCAAUUGUUGCAGUCGUGAAGGAGUCCCAACACUCGGCCAUCUACCUACUCUAAGAUCUCGUGAGAUUAAGAGGAUGAAAAAGCUGAAAUGUGUGGGAGCUGAGUUUUAUGGUACUAGGACAACUUUGUUUCCAGCACUGAAAACAUAUUACUUCCUUGGGUGCCAAGAGCUCAUUGAAUGGAUGGAAGCACCAAGGAUAUCAGGAGAAGUAGUGGUAUUUCCUUGCCUCGAAGAGUUGGAACUCAGGUACUGUCCCAAAUUGAGAAAUGCUCCGAGUCGUUUUCCACGUCUCAAGAGGUUGUGGAUAGACGAAAUGGACAACAACUUCUCAAUAGAAAAUAUAAGCACUCAGCUUACCAGUCUCACCAAUCUCUAUAUAGAUCAUGUAAAGGGACUAACUUGUCUACCAGAAGGGAUGCUGAACAAUAACAAGAGUCUCACAUAUUUGCAGAUAGUUAAUUGUGAUGAGUUGACUUGUAUUGCUCUCGAUGUAUCUGACACGCUCCAUUGUCUUGAGAAGUUGAAAAUAACUCGUUGUAUUGCUCUCGAUUUAUCAGGCUGACCAUUUUGAGGAUUCAAGGAUGUGAGGGAUUAGCAAGCCUAGGAAGUGGGCUCAACUACUACACCUCUCUUUAGGAAUUGCAGCUACUCUAUUGUCAUAAUCUAACAUCAAUUCCAAUCACACAGGGCAUCACAUCUCUCCAGAGGUUGAGGAUUAUUCGUUGUCAGAGAUUAUUAAGCCUACCCGGUGGGAUCCAAUUCUGCACCUCUCUUCGGCAUCUGCAUAUAACUGGUUGCUCUAGUCUAGUAUCCAUGUCAGUAUCAUAUGUGUGCGACCACCCAGAGACUCAACGAAUCAGCCGAAGCAAGUCUCUAUAGGUGUUGUUGAGUAUUUGUCUACACAGGAGGAGGAUUGGCGUAGUCUCGAAUCUAUUCCACCUAAUCUCCGUCAGUUGUUGAUAUGUCAUUGUGGGAAAUUCAAAUAUAUGCCCACAGGAUUUCACCGCCACGUACACUCAUUUGAAGAUGCUGCAAAUUGGUUGGUUCUGGGAGCAGCUGGAUGCCUUGCCUGAUUUUCAGCUUCCACCACCACCACAUGAUUUACAACUUGAACGCUUAGAGUUGGUGGGGUGGCCUAAGCUAAAGUCUCUGCCCCAGCAAAUUCAGCACUCUACUUUUUUUAAAACUCUCUGGAUAGGAAAGUUUAUAGGACUAGAGGCUCUUCCUGAAUGGUUGGGAAAUCUUACAUCUCUUGAGACUACAUAUCUGGCUUUGAGAGAAUCUCAAGUAUCUACCUACACUGUAUACUAUGAAAAGUCUCACCAAAUUAAAGAAGCUCUACAUUGAGGGAUGUCCCCUGCUCAAGGAAAGAUGCACCAAGGAGACUGGCCCAAGAUUUCUCACAUCCCAGAACAUGACUUGUGGUGAAGCUACGUAAUGGCCUGCCAUACUAAACUAGAAUGCCUGGUCACAUUUCAAGAGGAAAAUGUAUUAUCAAUUGAUUUCAUUCAAGUUACGAGGUUAAUCAAUUCCCAAUUGCCAGAGAUUUAUCCCUAAAGCGGGGUUCUAUCAUACUUAAUGGGAAGAUCAGAUGAAGCUGAGUGGUUGAAGAUCCAGUCACAGUAGUUCAAUCACCUCUCCCAUGUAUGGGUUAUUUACUGUGUUUCAUUGAAGAUAAAGUGAUCAUGAUAGUGGAGAAAUAUACUUCAGGCUUUAAGGAAGGACCUGCAGUGCAAUAAAAAUAUAAAAUAAAAAUAUAUCAAUACCCUGUUUGAUUGAUAGUCAAUUCCUCGAUUGGAGUCAAGUUAGUUUACAACUUGGUGUUCUGCAUCUCUAGCAUAUUUGAUUCUCCAAGUCAAGAAUAACUGCUACUUGGUCCCUUUCUUACCUAGCCAAAAAGUUGAUCAUUGCUUAAUGAAGAAGAGCAGUUGUUAACUUGGGAAUACAAUUGGAAAUAGGUAUCUAAGCUACCCAAGUCUUGUAAGGGUGGGUUCACUUGGUUCUUUGCCUGUGCUGCAAGUCUAAUAUGUUCUAUACAGACAGACGUGAACAAUUCUACAUAGGUAGCGAGACACGACACUUAAAUUUUUUAUAGAGCUAUCCUCAAUAGAAUAGUGUACUGUUCUUUCAUAAAGCUAUAGCUGGCAUGGAGUGAAGGCAAAGCGAUCCCAAGGCAACCAUACGCAGCAUCUAUUCUCAACAAUCCAGCUAUAUCUUCUACAAGAACAACACUUGGGACACCCUACGCCUGCGUGAUCAACCCUUGAGAUUGAGAGUGAUUUUAAAACCCCGGAAAGAUGUUUGUACUCUCUCUCCUUGAAUCCGCUGCCGGCGAAGUAGUGAGUAAGGUGAUUUCACUCGCUACUGAUCAAUUGAGACUCGAUAUCGUCUGGGGGUUCCGCGAAGAGAUAAAUAAGCUCAAAGAAUCCUCAACUCUGAUUGGAAAUAUAAUCCAUGAUGCUGCUCAUGAACCUGAAGAUCGGAAACUGCGGGCAAGGGCCGAUUGGAUGAAGAGGCUUAUAAGCGUAGCUUAUAAUGCAGACGAUAUUCUGGAUGAAAUAGAAUAUGAAGUUCAGCGUAUCGUUAUAAAGGAGACCAGCCUGGAUAAGAAGAUACUCGGCUUCUUUUGCAACAAUCCUGUUUUAUUUCGUCUCAAGAUGGCACGCAAGAUUAACAACAUCAACACAUCCUUGGAUGAUCUCUACAAGCAUGCAGCCAGUGUGGGACUCGGCAUGACAAGGAGAUCAAAUGGAGGUGCAGCAGCAAGUAAAGAUAAGCGGGAAACAACCUCAUUCGUUGACAAGAAUGAAUUCACCUUGAAAGAUGCAACCAUUGUUGGAAGGGAUCAGGUUGUGUCAGAUAUAAUUGCAACCUUGACCAACUCCAACAAUCAAGAAAAUAUUCUUUCGGUGAUGGCCAUUGUGGGAUUGGGAGGCCUAGGUAAAACUACUUUGGCUCGCUCAGUUACCAAGCAACUGAAAGAAGGUGAAAUGAAAAGGUACUUUGAUGCAACAUUAUGGGUGUAUGUAUCUAAUACUUUUGAUGUCAAUUCAAUUUUACAUCGAAUGCUGGAAUCAUAUGACGACAUGACUGGAGCAAAUCUUUCAAGUCUGGAAGCAUUGAUUGGAAGCCUCCAGCAGAAGUUGAAAGAGAGAAGGUAUUUUCUUGUACUUGAUGACGUUUGGAAUGAGGAUGCUAAUAAUUGGGAUGAUUUGAAGCGUUGUCUAUUGCAACUAAAUUCUGCUAAAGGAAGCUCUGUGAUUGUCACCACCCGUAGUGCCAAGGUUGCAUCAAUCAUGGAAACACUUCCUAGGUGCGAUCUAGAGACUCUAUCGGAUGAUGAAUGUUGGUCCAUAAUAAAGGAUAGAGCAUUUGCAGAUCCUAAUGCUCCGAUUCCUUCAGAUCUAGAGGGAAUCGGAAGGGACAUUGCCAAAAAGUGUGCUGGUCUUCCAUUGGCGGCAAAGGUUUUGGGAAGCUUGAUGCGUUCUAAGAACGGUAGCAAUGAAUGGUUGUCAAUUCUGCAAAGUAAAAUAUGGCAGGUAUCAUCAGACAAAGAGGAUAGCAGGAUCAUGUCGGUUCUGGGGUUGAGUUUUGACAAUUUGGAAUCACCAUUGAAACAAUGUUUUGCAUAUUGCUCCAUGCUCGAGAGAGGUUCCUCAAUUGAAAGAGAUAACUUGAUCCAACUAUGGAUGGCUCAAGGUUUUCUCCAUCCUUCUCAUGGUCACCAAACCGAGCAAGAGAUUGAAAUGGAGGAUAUAGGCAAUAAGUAUUUUGAGACUCUACUAGAGAACUCCUUGUUUCAAGAUGCUACAGAGGAUGAAGAUGACUAUGGUGUUAUCAUCACCCGAUGCAAGAUGCAUGAUCUUGUGCAUGAUCUUGCAAACGAAGUAUCCAAGUGUGAGAGCUGGACAUCAGACUUCAAUCAUGAGAUGGAAGAUCAUGAGAUUCGACAUGUUGCACGGGUUCCUACUGCAAUACUAGAAAAGAUGCCAAAAUCAAGUAUAUCAAGACUGCGCUCAUUCUUUUCAAAUAUCGGGGAGGUCUCUAAUACCAUUUUUCCAAAAUUUAGAGCUUUACGUGUCUUAAGUUUUUGUGAGACUGAGAAUCAGGAGUUGCCAUAUUCACUUAGCAAGCUGAAGCACUUGAGAUAUCUAGAUCUUUCUGAUGCAAAAAUCAAAGCACUCCCAGAGUCUAUUGGCAAGCUCUAUAACCUCCAAACAUUGAGAUUACCUUGGAAUCUUAAAAAGUGUCCGAAGGUGAUUCAAAAUUUGAUCAACUUGAGGCAUUUUUACUUUGGUGAGGAAAUGAAAUUUGAGGCUGGGAUUUUGGGGCGAUUAACUAAUCUCCGAAGAUUGCCCUUCUUUAAUGUGGGUGAGGAGAGAGGUCCUGCAAUUAAGGAGUUGGGUGGGUUGAACCAAUUGAGAGGCCACUUGAUUAUUAUUGGGCUAGAACAUGUAAGGGAUGGAGAAGAAGCAAAGAAGGCUGGCUUGGUGCACAAGAGUCACUUAAGUCGGUUAACAUUUGCAUGGACAGACAAUGAGGUACCUAAUGAAAACCAGACGGAGGUACUAGAUGCCUUGGAACCUCAUGGUAACUUGCAAAACUUGAACAUUUACCAUUUCAUGGGUGCUAGAUUUCCGUCAUGGAUAUCAGCUGAAGGAGGAGAGGUCGUGAAGGUAUUUCCUUGCCUCGAACAGUUGAUGAUAGAUGGUUGUCCCAGCCUAGAGUCGAUUCGGAUCACACAGGGCAUGCCGUCUCUCCGGAAAUUGAAUAUUGAAAGUUGUGACAAAUUGUCAAGCCUAGGAAGUGGGCUCAACUACUGCACCUCUCUUCAGGAAUUGGAGAUAAAGGAUUGUUACAAUCUAACAUCAAUUCCAAUCACACAGGGCAUCACAUCUCUCCGAGAAUUGAAGAUUGAUAGUUGUUGGAGUUUAUUAAGCCUACCGAGUGGGCUCCAAUUCUGCACCUCUCUUGAGGAUCUGUAUAUAACUGAUUGUUCUAGUCUACUAUCCUUGUCAGUAUCUAUCCUUGAGGAGGAGGAAAUUUCUCAAGGUGUUGAUGCGUAUUUGUCUGUACCGGAGGAGCAUUGCCGUACUAUAGAAUCUAUUCUUGGUCGGUCGUUGAAAUUAAAAUAUGUGCGCACAGUAGGAUUUCACCACCUCACUCGUUUGAAGACGCUCCGAAUUGGUGCGUUCUGGGAGGAGCUGGACACCUUCCCUCAUUUUCAGCUUCCUCCUAAUUCACAACUUGAAAUCUUAAGCUUGUUUGGGUGGCCUAAGCUCAAGUCUCUGCCCCAACAAAUUCAGCACUUGACUUGUUUAAAACAACUCUGGAUAAGUGAUUUUAAGGGACUAGAGGCUCUUCCUGAGUGGUUGGGAAAUCUUACAUCUCUUGAGUCUCUGAGAAUCUGGUUCUGUGAGAAUCUCAAGUAUCUGCCUACACAAAAUGCUAUGAAAAGCCUCACCAAAUUGAAGUACCUCUACAUUUCCGGAUGUCCCCUGCUCAAAGAAAGAUGCACCAAGGAGACUGGCCCAGAAUGGCCCAAGAUUUCUCACAUCCCAGAUCUUCACUUUGGCAAUUGGUGAUACGCAAUGCCUGCCUUACUGAACUAGAAUGUCUGUACACGUUACAAGGUUAAUCAAUUUCCACCUAAAGCAGGGCUCUAUCGUACCUGACGGCAAGAUCAAAUUAUGCUGAAUAGCUGAUGAUCACCUCUCCCAUGUAUUAAUCAGCAUCUGCUAUAAGGAUGAGAAAUUGAGAUGUAUCCACCUAAAGUGGAAGCUAUGCAAACAAAAGAUGAGGACAGCUGACAUGAGUGGCUGGCUUCUUACAUUCCAAAGGUAGAUUGUCUGCAUUGAAGCUAUGAGAGGCCUCCUUAAACUAGAUAUUCAUGGGGUUCAAGUUCCACAGGAAACAUGUGCCUUGAGUGCUCGAAAUUUCAGUUGUGCAUGAUUACUUCCAUUGAUGUUCUAAGUUAACCAGUUCCUAAAAUCAUUGCAGCUCUAUCCUGCUCAAAUGGAAGAACAGCUUCACUUGACAUGGUGCAAACCAAGUUCAGAUUGUCCCAAGGAUUAGGGAAUUGGAGCAUCAAAUUCUGAUCUCAGGUGGCUGCUGUUUGUUUGGCUCUCACAAAGGCUGGUAACUUUGCCCUAUAUUGAGAACAAACUCCAUCUGCAUCUUGGAUAAGCCAUUUAGUCAAGCAUGCAUGGUUUCUAGGAAACAAACCUUCUAUUAUCUGCGAGCUAUAUGAAGAACCUCCUGUCAGAUAUCACAUUUUUGUGCUCUCUUGGUGUCUCCAUGAAAGCUUAACAAAUGGGCUACAAACAAGUCCUGGAGGACCUGGAGAAUUUGGUACCGUAGGCUUGUUUAUGAGUUACUCUAAUAUGGUUGUGGAGCUUAUUGUGAGCUUUGAGCUUCUCGGCACUUCUUAUACUUUUUAAGUAUCAAGCCGUAUUUCUGAGAUUCGAGCAAUUAUCUUUGUCUAGGUAAAAAUGGCAUCAGUUGUGGUAGUCUAAAAUAUUCUUAUGUUCUUUGAGCGUUAGUCUGUUGGUUGAUAAGUUUCAUGGAGAGAAUUGAGAGAUCAAGUGGUUGUGAGCUUUGGGUGUAAUUGGGGUUCUCUGUUGAGAAUGGUUGUGAGAAAGUACGAGAUUACUUAACAAAGAACAUUUUAUUUUGACAUUAGUGGACUAUUGCCGUGGACAAAUUGGGUGAACCACGUUAAAACCU